AGGAUGUCUUCGAUAGGAAAUGUAACAGCAGGAGAUUCGUUUUACUAUCUGUAACAUUCGUUUGAACGACCUUGACCAGUAAAAAGUCACGGCGGGUUUCACGUAUUGCAAGGAGUUUUCGCAGUUGUGUGUUCGUCCUAGCAGUCUGUAUCUGUAUCAUGGAAUAUUUGGCACCUCUUUCCUCAUCGUUGUUUGUAGUACGAAAUGCCGAACACGUGUGCAUUAACAUGGAGAACAUUCAACGUUUAGUGGGAAUGGUAUGCGAGAAGUAUUGCCCAUUUGAUUUGAAGUCUUGGAUCAAUCAGGAACUAACCCCUAGUGUUGCUGACGAACGAUCAAUUGAAUGGAUAUUUGUGACUUCCUUACUCAAUUUUUCAUUUUGGAGUAAGAGUCAGGAUAGUUUUGAAGUGUUAUAUUGCAACAAAAUUUAUACGGGCUAUUGGGCCCUCUGUGCAGCAGUUAACCGAGCCAUCGAUGAAGGGGUAAACUUGUUAAAUCCUGAAGUAUAUCAAACUGUGACAGAGGAACAAUUGAGACAUAUAUUUCGUUCACAUACAGCUGAGCCUAUACCAUUAUUUGAUGAAAGAUUAAAUGCUCUGAGAUGUGCUGGGAAAACUUUACUUGAGAAAUUCGAUGGGUCAUUUAAAAAUGCUCUGUCCUCGUGUGAAAAUUCUGCGGCAAAGCUUCUAAAGUUAUUGUGUGAUUAUUUCCCUUCUUUCCGCGACUAUAGUAUAUACAAAGGAAAACACGUGUCAUUCUUAAAACGUGCUCAGAUCUUGAUUGGUGAUUUGUGGUACUGUUUUGAGGGCAAAGGGUUGGGGUAUUUCCACGAUAUAGAUGAGAUUACUGCGUUUGCUGAUUACAGAGUUCCACAAGUGUUAUAUUAUUUUGGUGCUAUAGAAUACAGUGAGGAUUUAACAAAAAGGAUACGCAAUGGUAUUUUUUUAUAUAAUUGUGGAUCGUGUUCAUAUUAGUUUUUUAAUCUUUAUCUGCUUUAAAUCUAUUGCAUUUAGACUUAAUUCUUAGUACUUAUUUUUAGACACGUUACGUUGCAUACUUGAUUUUUCAGUCCAGUGUGUUCGAUUGUAAAGCGGUUCACCAACUAAAUUACUGAGACAACGGUAAUCAAGCAAUUACAGUGGUUUUAUUGUUGUCACAAACAAAAACGUUCCUUUUUAAAUUAUUGAACAGAAGUUAUUAAAAUUCAAAUAAAGUCCAUUCAAUGUGUCCUUUAUAUGAGUAAGUCUUUGAAUUCAACCAUUUUCACUACGUUGGAUAUCAAGGUUAAGAAAAUAAAACUUAUUGUCCUGCUCAUGCUUCAUUGUAAAUCGCAUAUUUGAAUGUACAUGGUUAAGAAGAUUCAGGACGUUUGUAACGAUUGCGGUGAACGAAUGUAUUAUCAACAUACUUGACAUACAGAGCUUCCUUGUUAAUUAUCGUUUUGCUUUUCUGUUCCAAGUCGGUCAUUAAUAUAUCUUCCACUAUUGAACCUAAUAGACUCCCCAUAGCGACUGAAUCAUCUUGACGUUAUGAGGUGUUGUUGAAUGGUAAUUGUACAUCUUUUGUAGAUAUUAGUAAAAGCUUUUAUGAAGUCAUUCUUUGUUAGACAAAGGUCAGUGUGUUCAUACAUAUUUUCUAUGGCUUCAAUGAAAUUGCAGUGGAAAAUCAUGUCAUCAAAUGAAAUCAAGCAGUAAAUGUUGGUGACUAGUAUCAGACCCCAUUAAAAUCCCAUAUCUUUUGGCAUCAACUAAACUAAAAUUUGCAAACGCAUUCCGUGUGUUGUUUUUGUCACAUCGAUGUCGUCGAUUAAAUCCUAAUUUCCUCUUAACCGUACAAUUUUCAACUUAUAUUUUGAAAUAUCCUAAAAAACGCAGUAAACAGUUGUUUGAGCUACUUAUAUAUUCUUCAUCUAGGUGAAGAAAUUGCAAAUGGAAGCGAAUUAGAAGUUGAAAUUCGAGCAGCGACAAUACUAGCUGUGCAUAAUAUCGUCAAGUCCUUAAAUAGUAAAAAUAUUAGUUGCAAUUCAAUUGUGGUGGACAAUUUUCUUUGGAAUUAUCGACGUUCUCAUGCUGAUGAAAUUGAUGCCAAAAUUCCAAUGCAUAGGACACGUUGCAUAUACUAUUGAUUAUAUAAAUAUGAUACUCCAUGUAAACACAUGUAAUAGACAUUGCGUUUAAACCGAAAAUAUUGUUUAUAUUUUUGCAAUAAAUUAUUAGGACUUGAGAA